CUAACUUUCCACGAUCGACAGGUACUCUUGCGGAUCUGUACUAAAUUCGUAUGUACUGAAGUCUGAGUGCAAACUAGACAGGUUCUCCGUACGGGUUACCGUGACUUAAACAUACAAAGGAGUCUGUGAAAUGUGCAAUUCGGGCUAAAAUUCGUCCGGACGGGAAAAACGCUUACUGCAGGCGACAUAUUUUCCUAUCCUCCAAACAAGUAUUGAAGUAGGCCUAAAAGGAGAGUUGUCUGCAAAUAGCAACCUAGGGUGUAGUUAGCAGCAUCCGCACCCCUUCUGCAGUGACUUGGAAAACCAUGUAGGUCUGCAGAAAUUGUUUACCUUGAACCUAGUCAGUAACAAUCUACAAUCAGCAGAACAGCAUGCAGAGUGACUUUGAGCUUGGCCGAUGAGUAUUUCUAAUUUCAGCAGAAAAUUUCUCUUUUUAUCCCAUAUAUUUUGAGGUCUGUCAUUCCUGUCAGAAAAUUGAAAGGCAGUGGAAAGUGUACCAUCAGUGAUGAACUGAGGAUUAAUAAUGGCAGAGAAAAAAGUGCAAAACUGGCUAACCGAGUAUAAGUUCAUAGAUGGAACAGAUGUAGCAACUUUUUGUGGAAAGAUUAAAAAUGAUGUACAGCUCAUCAAAUCAAUUUAUGAAAUUCUUCAAGAGCCUCACUCCAGUCUGCAGGAACCAGUAUGCGGCCAGUUGUAUGAAUUUUACCGCUCUGGACACUUUGAGCUGAAGCGCUUUUGCUUGCAGUUUGUUCCAGCUGUGAUAUGGAUUUACUUGCGUGGACUAGCACUACACAAGAAUUACGGUAGAGCUGAGAGUCUCUUGCUUGGUAUCUAUAACAUGGAAGUGGUUGAACCUGAUGGCAUUUCUAGAAUAGAGUCCUUCACUGUCCCUACUCUUGCAAAGCCAUCCAUUUAUCAUGAGCCCGUCAGCCAGUUAGCACUGACAGAAAAUGUACUUUCAUACCAGCAAAGUAACCAUCGUCUGGUGACCAGGGGGCCUCUGUCUCAGGUCAAUGCACUGACCAUUAAAAACAGGUUCAGUGUGCUUACCCACGUUAUGUCGGAGUACAAUGCAGAUAUUGGAUUUCUAUCUCCCGUGUCUCAUGCAUUUUUCUGCAAGAUUUGCUCAAAUUUGGUUCUUUGUGGCUUCUCUGGAGCACAUCUUGCAUGGAAACAGAGCUCAUCUUCAGACAGAGUCUCCAAACAUAACCUGAACCUCGAUAUUCAUAAAACUCCCAGAAUUCCUCUUGACUCUACAUUCAUGUUGGAGAUGUUAACUGGUAUUUACUUUGUCAUGUUCAAUGGGCAAGCUUCCGCAGGAAUACAUGCAUUAGAAGAUAUCCACUUCAGGGCCAACUAUGAACUCUAUGCAGAUGUAUUAUUGGUGAGCAAUGCCAUCAAGCAUUCAUUGGAUACUAAUCCCUCAGGCAGGCCUAGUGAUGGGCCUGUGGGAAUCAAUGUUGCUGUCACCCCUCCCUCACCCGUUGUCAAGAGAUCAGCCAUCACCAAUGCCUCAUUUAAAACCAGGAGGCAAAAAGAAACAACCAUAACAGUCACUAUCGAAGGAGUUGAAAAGACAGAAGCCCUAGCAAAAAGAAAUGGACUUUCCCAAGAACCAAGCACCAAUGAAUCAGCUUCAGUUCUUUCUUCCACUGAACUGGCAUAUCCUCAAAGGAAAACACAUGCCCAGAAGUGUGCACCCGGUGUAGAUGUGACCAUUGUUGAUCAGUCAGGCUCUAUGAAAGUGGAAACAGUGGAAAUGGAAGAGGUAAGACUCGUAUUAGAUGUCAAACAAACAAAGAAAGACAGAAAUGAAUGUAACUUGUCUGAAGCCAGUCCAGAUUAUCCAGAGAUUGUCCCUGUAUCACAUGUAAGAGAGUUGCAUUCAGCUACUCACCGUUCUUCCAAUUCAUCAGGUGAGAGUUUGGAAACUAAUUUAUAAGCGUGUUCUUUGACAAAUUUUGUAAAUUUAGUUAUUCAGAAAGGAUGUGUUAAUUUGGUUACUGGGUAUAUAAAGUGGUAGACAAAGCACAGAUGGAGAAAAUACCUUUAAAAUUUGCCAUGCUGAAUGGAGGAAGUCACAAUAGUGCUUCUUGCAGCUACUAGCAGAUAAUGUUUUACGUAUUUAUGUUUGUAUAUACAAACAUGUAUUUGUAUUUAGAAGAGUACAUCCUCUUAAUACAAGUCUGAGAUAUAUCCAGAAAUACUUUUCCAGAGUGACACGAGGAUUUCUUACAGUUGAAAAUGCUACUUGUGACACCAAAACCCACAUAUUCCAUCUCACAGUUGGGCAACAGCAUGUUGAAAUAUGGGUGGAAUUCACUACUUUUACUCCAAAAAAGAUGGUAUCACAUGAGCCUUGUUCUGAAAAGAACCAAAAGCAAACUACAGGACUUCGUGUAUAUCAUUUAGAAUAUCGCAAUUAGAAUGGAAUGUCUGUGAGUAUACAUCCUCAUCGGACCUCUUCAUUGACUACAAAAUGAAGUUAAGCUACCGGCACACUUGCAUUUGCAUUUGAGUUUGUUUUAGUUUAUAUUAAGGUUAUCUUUACACUGCAGAAUAUGAGGAUGAAGUGUGCAACAUAUCAUUACUUAGCCUGAGGUAUUGUCUCCAUUAGUGAUUCAUCGAGCAGUGCAUUUUGUCUUAGCUUUGCCUUGAGAAUGCUCAAUGGAUGAGCUUGGAGGCUUGUUCUGCUUCAUCACCUAUGUGCAUGUAAAGGCUUAUCUGAAAGAUUACUUAUAAGCUGACCACUGUGAUAGUUGUUGGUACCACUUUGUUAGUUCUGAGAAAAUAUCUUAAUUGUAGCAAAAAAGAUGCAUAAUACCUUUAAUGAACAGGUCGAAUGAAUGUAGUCAUUCUGUAAAAUUUUCAGUCAGUCCCAAAAAUUGUAUUUAUGUCAUAACUUAAAGUAUUCUGUGUAGUAUGAAAACUGCAUGACCCAGGGUGACACUGUUCUACUGAAUGGUGAGCAGCCUCAGCAAAAAGUUAUUAAUGCCCUGGUGUUAUGCUAUCUCUUGUGAAUAAAUGCAAAUGACUGGUCGAUGCAGUCACUAGUUGCCAGAACUA